CAUCGAGCUCAGGAGCCAGUUUCGUUGAUGCCUCCGGAUACAAAUUCAGCGAAAAUGAUCAAAGGCCUACGAAGAUCAAAUUUAAAAAGGCUGUUGCUAAAGCUGUGAAAGGAACUAGGGAUCCCGAACCUUCCAACGCAGAGUCCGGGGGUUCCUCCCCUAUUCUCCCUGUCAUGGAUGAGAAGACAAUGGCGUCGUUUCCGACGGGUAAGCCGCGAGAAACGCAGCUGGAGACAGUCAUAUGCAAGCAUUGCAAAAGACCAGUUUUGAAGCAGACUGCUGCCGAACACAUCCGCGGUUGUUUGCGAGCAAAGCAGGAAAAGGCACGGAAGAAGAAGGAGGCAAGGGAUGCGAACCGGGCCAAAGAGAAGGCCGAUAAAGAAGGAAACGAAGACGACGGCGAGGGUGCCAUGAAGGGACAAAAGAGCGCCAAGAAAAGCGCUGGAGAGGAUGGCCCGAAGAAAGGAAAGAAGCGAAAGGUUGACGAUGACGAUAAGGAGCCUAAGAAGAAAAAGAAGAAAGAUGAGCCAAAGCCAAAGGUGCCUAAGCCAAAAGGCCCGGUUGACGUAGAGAAACAAUGCGGCGUCGUAUUGCCGAAUGGAGGCCAAUGUGCACGAUCAUUAACUUGCAAAAGCCAUUCUAUGGGUGCAAAGAGAGCUGUCCCAGGCCGCUCUCUACCAUACGAUAUGUUACUACAAGCGUACCAGAAAAAAAAUCAAGCACGGCAGCAAAAGGCUGCCAUCGAUGCGAAUGCUCCGGUCCACGAUGACCUGGAUGGAAAUGGACCCAUCGAUUCGGAUGAAGAGAAGGAUGCCGUGAUGGCUGGGCUUGCACGAUCACGGCCUCAGCCGUUGGUGACACAUCCGCUCAUUCCGACAAGGAAGAAGUAUCAUCUUGUCCGGAUGAAGGAGAUGCUUUCCCAGGUGCUGGGAAGUGGCAGUCUCUUCUCCCCAGUCGAGAGUAGCUUUCAGGGUAGAGGUUUCUUUCAGCCCGAGCUAACAUCUCUUACUUCUCCUACCUUUGGCAAUGCUGUGGAUGGGCCUGCGCAGCCGUCAGACUCUUCAAAGAAACCUUCACUUCCCCAGCAACCUUCUCAGAACCGAAUGAGCCAACCAACUGUGGCCUCGAAAAAGGUUAUGGCUACCGGUACAUCGUGAGCGGCGUUUGAAUUGUAGUCUUCAUGCAUCAAUUUUGUUUUUCUUCCAUUCUCGCGUGGGAGUUGGCAACAUUUGGGAGGUUUCUUUGGUGGAUAAGGCGUUUGGACGGGGUAGGGUGAAUGUUCCUGUACGAUAUAACG